CUUUCCGUUGCGCGCGAAAUUCAAAAUUGUAUUGAGCAUAAUUUUACUCAACUUCGAAGUACGAACUACGAACAGAGUGAUCGCUAAGGAAACUGUAUAAGGAUGGGAGCUUUUGAAAAUAAACAGGAAGUACAUAACAGAGAUUAUAUAUUUAUUGCAAGGUCAUGCUUAUUUUUAAAGAAGAUGGAAAGGGUACAUAGUUAAAUAUUAAACUUGUUUUACGCAUGCGUGUAUCUAUCAGCUGAUCGUGGUCCGCCCUUAGAUACUAUUGCCUCAGUGUAGCUCCAAAAUAGUGUAAAAUUAUAUGAUAGGUAAUCCAAAAUGAUUUCCCAUGCAAUAAUAUCAUUAUUAAGUUUUUAAAAUUAUGAUGCCAUUAAAGUAAUAGUUAAUUAUUAUAUUGUACCAAUAACUACUAGAAAAAUGAAAGCAGCAGCAAUGUCCGUGUGGAUUUUUAUAAAUUUAUUAUGUUUUGGAAUGUGCGGUUAUUUAUAUUUAAUCUGGUCGCAAUAUUGGAUGAGUAUAGAAAGGCAAAGGCUGUUUAGUGAAUCUCAAGUAAAUGUUCAAAGAAGAAGUUCCCGUUUACAUUUUCAAGAAACAUAUCCUGAUAAAAUUAGUUUCCAUCAAUUGUUUAAUCAGUCACUGUUUAGUGAUGCAUUUCGGAAGUCACGAAGGUCAGUGGUUCUCAAGACUAAUCAGUUUGUACAAUCUAGUAAACAGAAAGUUACAUCAGAUCGACCGUCCGUUAAUAUUAUUCUUAAAAGCCACGGUAGACCAAGGUUUCCUAAUAUACACAAACCUAUUUUAGAAUUUGAUAGUGAUAAAUAUGAAUGUGCCGAUUUUGGAACCUCAGAAUGUGACGAUCAAACAAGAGAAUUCAAAGAGUUGUUAUUGAAGGAAUUCCAUCGAGUGCUGAUGAGCGAUAGCAAAAUAUUUACGUCAGGAUUAGAUAGUCAGAAUACGUACGAUGUUAAAUACGAGAGGGGAAGUUCGAGGAAGAAUACACGAAAAGAAAUAUUGUGUGCACUGAGAGAUGUUGAUGUAACAACUGUGACUGCUAAUGAUGAACCGUUUGCAAGCCAUGGAUAUCAUAUUCCUAAAUUUCCUUUGCAAGAACACCGAUCUUUCAAUAUGUGUGCUGUCGUAACAAGUGCCGGAGCAUUGAGAAAUUCUAGAUUUGGCGAAUUUAUAGAUUCACACGAUAUGGUGCUCAGGUUCAACAACGCGCCAACUGAAAAUUAUACUGAAGAUGUGGGAUCUAAAACUACCUUUCGUAUCCUUAACUCGCAAGUUGUAGCAAAGCCAGAAUUUCGAUUUCUGGAAAAUUCCCUUUACAAAAAUGUAUCUAUACUAAUUUGGGAUCCAGCGAAUUUUUCCUCUAGUCUCCAAGACUGGUAUGAUCACCCAGAUUUUCCACUAUUUUCGGUGUAUAAAAAGUUGUUGAAGGAAAGGCCAAACGCUGACGUGCAUUUACUUAACCCAUUGGUCCUGUGGAAAUUAUGGACUGUACUACAAGAUUCAUCGCCCUACAGGCUGAGGCGAAAUCCCCCAUCUUCGGGUUUCAUAGGUAUCUGGUUCGCGCUCCACCGUUGCAACCGCGUCCGCGUGUUCGAGUACGUACCUUCAGUGCGUGCGACGCGACGUUGUCACUAUUACCUCUCCAAUGAGGACGCUGGCUGCACCCUCGGGGCUUGGCAUCCUCUAGCACAGGAGAAGGCCUUGGCUGAGAAGAUACGGGAUAAUUCUGAUACGGAUGUGUUUCAGAGAGGGUUUAUUGAUAUACCAGGGUAUGGGCGGGUGUGUGAUGGAUAGUAUGAAAGAGUUACUUAGGUAAUUUUGUUAAUAGCAGGAAUAGCAUUAUCUCUUUAAUGAGGACGCUGGCUGUACUCUUGGUGUUUGUCAUCCUCUAGCACAGGAGAAGGCCUUGGCUGAGAAGAUACGGGAUAAUUCUGAUACGGAUGUGUUUCAGAGAGGGUAUAUUGAUAUACCGGGUUAUGGACGGGUGUGUGAUGGAUAAUAAGAAAGGAUUAAUAAGUUUUGUUUAUAAAAGAAAUAACAUUCUUUGAUCAUGACACGUCUAUGUUUUGUUUUAACUGUUUUUUGUCUUUAUUUGGGUGUAGUCACUAAGCUCUAUCGAAUUAUUUUAUUUUAUUAUUGUCGGUAGAAGAUGAUUUAAUAUUUAUGUAGAUUUGGAACUUUGGGUCUCUAUGUUGAAUUCGUUAGUAGUAGCCCGGAGGUGGAGUUAUGGCUUAUGGCACUUCAAAUAAUAUGGUUCAAUCCUUAUGAAUGUCCAAGAAAUGGUAGAAUGUAAAAUUAAGUCGAUAUUCGAAGAAAUUUUCUUCUUUUGUUCAAUAUUGUAAGAAAUAAAAGUACUGAUCUUCGAGUAUCUUACAUCGUUGUUACAGUUUAAUGUGUAUGUAGAUUUAAAUACUUAUUAUUAUUAAAGUAGUGUUGGAACUUUCAUGUAGAUAUUAUCUAUACUGUAUACAGGUAUACUAUUACAAAAUAUGUAAAGUUAUCUCUAGAAUAACACUACAAUUAGGCACAUCAAGACUAAGCUUUGUUCAUAUGUCUUCCAUGAAUAUUUUAUAAUGUAGAAUCUAGAAUCAUAGCUUUCUUACAUUUGUUACAUUUAAAUAUUUGAUUAUUAUGAUUAUGUACCUACGAGUUUGGUCCAUAGUAAAUAAUUGUUUAUUAGUCAACUAAUUUAUGUUUGUUCUAGUCAAUUUUGAAAUAGAAUCGUAUAAUAACCGAUGGUAAUUAAUUCACAAUAAUACCGAAAUUAAGAAUUAAAAUAUCAUACCUGAAAUUAAAAGUCAAGGUUGCUAAGAUUCAAAAUUGUAAAAUAAUAAAGUUCGUUUGCUAUAUUUCUGUGUUUUGUAUAAUGUAAUACUCAUACAUGUAGUGCUGUAAUUUUGAUUCAUUUGGCAAGACUGUGACAAUAAAUGAUUUACCAACUCCAAUACAACUACUAUUUUAUUUCUCAUGGCUAUUAAUUUGCAUUUUAAAUUUGCUUCGUAUAUUGUUCUUUUGCCAUCCGUGUUGGUCGUAGCAACACAACAUUUAUCAGGAAUAAAUAAUCGUUUGCGAAUUCCACAUACACGAUUGAA